UAUUUGAAAAAAAGCGCUUGGAUUCAGGAGUGUGCGCAUCGCUAGCACACGUCCUCUUCUUAGGUAAGAGGAGUGUGCGCACAAUUUUAGCACACUUCCUCUGCUUAGGUAAGAGGUGGAUUAAAGCCAAAUCGACAUAGCAAUGGUCGGUCAUUAGGCUACUGGCUGGGUAGGGUAUCUGCCCUCAGUCUUGUCCCAUCUGGUUGGAGAGGGAACACCCACUGUAGCUACGCGAGUCGUCAGUGGCUUUGUGCUUGGAGCUAAUCUGAGUUAGAAAGAAAAUGGUGAAGGUCAGUUUCCUGUGCACUUGCCAGCAGAUGCCAUCUCCAGAUUCGGGAAUGGGAAACUGAAGGAAAUGCAAUACAGGAGAAAAUAAAUCGAAAAAUUACCGAAUCCAAGAGCCGUGUUACGACAGUCUCCAGGAUCUGAAAAUGCGGCGGAGAGCGGCAGACACGGCGUUAGAGAUGCUAAACUGCGGUACCCUGCGACUCGCUCGUCCUGGGGCGACGAGCAUUUUUCCAUCAUCUGCUAAUAAAAUAACCAACAAGCAGUUCUUGAUGAGCUUCGGGGCUAAUCAAAGACUUCGGUCCUCGUCCUCCAUACAUGGAUAUUCUGAACUGGCCAGGGAGAGAUCUAAAGCUGUGACCUCCUUUUACAACCAGUCAGCAAUAGAUACAUCGGCGGAGAAGGCCUCUGUGAGACUUACCCCAUUCUCCAUGCUGUAUUCUGGGAAGUCAGCUGAUGGACAUCACAUCCUGAGCAGUGCCAAGUACCUGCACAAAGAGCUCCCGGUGCGCAUCGCUCACCGCAUUAAAGGUUUCCGCAGCCUGCCCUUCAUCAUCGGCUGCAACCCCACCAUCCUGCAGGUGCAUGAGCUGUACAUUCGGGCCUACUACAUGCUGUGUGAAUUUCCAGCGAUCAAGGACCGUGAGACUGAAGCUCAGUACAGCAAGCUUGUGCAGCAGCUCCUGGACGAUCACAAGGAUGUAGUCACCAUGCUGGCCCAAGGCUUGCGGGAAAGCCGCAGGCACAUCCAGGAUGAGGCGCUGAUCCGUAAUUUCCUGGACACCACCCUGACCUCACGACUGGGUAUCCGAAUGCUGGCUACGCACCACCUCUCUCUGCACGAGGACAACCCUGACUUUGUGGGAAUAAUCUGCAGACGCCUUUCCCCAAAAAAGAUCAUCGAGAAAUGGGUGGUUUUCGCCCGGCGUCUCUGUGAGCACCAGUACGGUAACUCCCCGCUGGUGCGCAUCAACGGCCACGUGGCGGCGCGCUUCCCCUUCAUCCCCAUGCCGCUGGACUACAUCCUCCCGGAGCUGCUGAAGAACGCCAUGAGGGCCACCAUGGAGAGCCACCUGGAGACCCCCUACAAUGUGCCUGAUGUGGUGGUCACCAUCGCCAACAAUGAAACGGACUUUGUCAUUCGGAUCUCUGACCGGGGCGGAGGGGUGCCCCACGCCAUCCUGGACAAGGUGAUGGACUACCACUUCAGCACUGCGGAGGAGAGCACCCAGGACCCCCGCGUCAGCAACCUCUUCAACACCAUGACCAACAGCGGGCUGCAGUCGGGCCCCAUGCACGGGUUCGGCUUUGGUCUGCCCACGUCUCGGGCCUAUGCAGAGUACCUGGGCGGUUCCCUCACCAUCCAAUCACUGCAGGGCGUGGGGACGGACGUCUACUUACGCCUUCGACACAUCGACGGCAAGGGGGAGAGCUUCCGUAUCUGAGGCUCCUUUGGGGCUGUCAGGCCUAAGGGGGCAUCGCGCCCUGGAGCUGACGUCCUGACAUCCAAACCGCCGCUGACCAUCUCCUUAGCAGCCCUGCAAGGACGGCUCGUCUCUCGCCAAACCCCAAGAACACGGCAGACGGAGAAUCGCUUCUCUUCUGACCUGGUGUCAAGUGACUGAUUUAUGUCUUUUAUUUCAUUUUACUUUAUUAUUAUUUGUUUUAAUGGUCUCAGUACAUUUGAUUGGCGGCGGUGGUGGUGCAGAGUGACACGGCUGUGGUUUAGUGUUAUUAGUGUCCCAGGGCCCCCCAGCAGGUCCGCCCUUACGCACCUUUUAUUCUGCAUAUCCUUUGAAAUUACAGGUGAGCAUUAAGCGCCACACAGCCAAGAGUUAAACACAUCUGUGUGUUCAUGCGGUUUCUAACGCUGUGUCCUCUGAUUUGUGCUGUGAGACGAGAUGAGCACUAGGUUGGCAAGAUUUGGAAGGUUUUUGCUGAAGUUGUUAGUAUUCGCUGGCUGUGGGUCCCAUCGUACUCUGUCGGCAUCAUUGUGAACAGAACCGCACUCUGCAGAAGGAGCCUGCAUCUACAAAAUGGCUGUUCUGGACUGAUUCGUAUAGCUCAAGGUAACAAGGUUGCCUUCGACAUAAACUGCCUUUUUGUUAAACUGUGUUUAGAAAGAAAUGAAAUUGGAACUAAUUGCAGUGUGUUUCACAGCUCCUGCCUUGCCCCCAGUUAGAGGGAGGUCUGUUUUUAAAUAUGUGUACUCAUAUUUUAGUUGGUAAUUAUGGGUCAGUCAGUCGUGGUACUGUGAGGGCAGUAGAAAAAUUAUCCCAAAUAGAAUAAAUAGAUAAGGGCAUAAAUAUUGAUCAGUGGGUUUAUUGAUUUAAGUUCAUAAGUGUUUCAUUGUAACCACUUAAACCAGACAAUUUGUUUCUUAAUAGUUGUUCAUAUUUAUCUUUCACUGUGGUUAUAACUCACUGCAACAUAUAGUAAUCACAAAACAUUGUGUUCAGAAGAUUUCAUUUCUCUGAUGUGACACUGAGCUGAACUCAAAGGAGACGGCUGAACUGAAGUUCCACAUGAACUUCCGCUCUCUUGGUGCAUAUGCUGUGCAUGAAUAGUUAUUAACAUUUAUGAAUGCUGGUUAUACACUGUAGGACAGGCUGGGGAUCAGAUAGUAUUGAUAUUUAUCAUCCCAAAAUUAACUUCAAACUAAGCAUUACAAUGAAAAAUGGUGUAUGUGCCCUUAUUUUAUGCAUUUUUUAAAUAUGGAUGUGCGUGUGUCUGUGUAACAUCUAAAUUAAUUGUAACUUUAGAUUAAAACGCAUCGGCAGUUAAUCCGUUUUCAUAUUAACUGCCGCUGGAAUCAUUUUUUUUAUUUUAAAAUUCCUUAAUAAAUGAAGUGCAAUAAAUUCUAGUUCUAGUGCAAGUUUGUUUAGCUGAGUUUUUCAACUCUGGUUAAUUCUGUGGUGAAACAAUAUGUCAAGGCUCAUCUUUUCAUAGCGCAUUAUCUGUUCACACAUCUGUUAAAAUAUGACGAAGUUAAAAGAGGAUAAAAGGGAAAACACACUGUCAUUGAUUAUUGUGAAUUGUAACAUUGUAUUUGACUUUUUCCCCCCAAUUUAUUUUUAGUUGCCAUAGGAAGACAACCUUCAUAGUAAUUAAAAUGGCAUUAUAUUGCAGUUCAAAUUUAACUAAACGCAGUGGUCAGGCAGUGACCACUUUGGUCACCCAAUUUCAGGGGCAGUUUCAGCAGUGUCUGUAAGCCUGAAAUGCUCUGUUUGACCCGUAGAGGGCGUUGAAGGCCUUAGGAAUGCUCACAGCUCAGGGAAGAGGCACCAACCUGAACUGAUUUUUGAACUCAUUUUUCAUUUGGAAAACCACAUGUCGUGAAAAUGGUGGAUGCAAAUGAUGCAAAUGACUGUUCAUGUUUGUGAUUGGGAAAAAAAAAUAUUGCAACAUUUGCUAACUACAUUUCAGAAACCAACACUGCUUCGUAUUCCUCUUGGAUAUUACCACACUGAAUGUGAGUUUCACCAUAUAUUUUACCUUUAGUUAAAGGAUCCAGUUACUGAAUGAUAUUUAUUACUUUUUCAUUUUUAUAUUUAAUUUUCAUGGGAAAAUACUGUCCUCUUUGAAAUUUUACCACAAUGAGAAAUGUUCAAAGCAUAGUUGCAUUGUCUUGCAAACAAUAAGGCCUUGGUCUGCCUUUCAUUAUAUGUUGUGUUAUUGUGUACUCUCUGUCUCACUCCUGCUUCAUAGCUGUCAAAUUUAGUGUUUUUUUAUUUCUGCAAUACAAUUCAGGGAGCUGUGAUUGUUGUGAGAUAUUAUUUGAAGUUGCAUGAGUUAUCACAUUUAAAUGGACAACUCUGAUGUGUUUGUACACACAAAUAAAUAAAACAUUCAUUGCAUUCACUGGAAA